UUCCCUCUCUAACCUCUACUUUAUUGAUUGGAGGCGCAACCUGCGUCUAGCUCUUGCCUGGGGUAGGGGAGGGUAAAGGGGGGAAACGGGAGGGAUUUUUUGCCCGUCCCAAUGUUCUUUUCUUUCCUCGUCGUCUUUGCAGCACAGAGGGAUACAGAAAUGGAUGAAGUACCAGUCGAAAUCGCGUCCUGGAAAAAAUUCGAGCGAUAGGUGCCCCUUUCCUCCGACGGUUUUUCCCGCGAUCGUCUGCGGAAAAAGAAAGAGCAGAGAGAAAGAAGAAGUGGCAUAAAAAACAACCAAACUCCUCUCCACUCCCUCACUCGUAAAACGGACUAAUUAACUUCUUAAUGAGGUGUCAAAACGCGGGGAGAGCUCCGGGAAAACAAACCCCUUUUUGAUUAAACGAGGGGAGGUAAAAGAAGAAAAAAAAAAUCGUUUUCACACGCCAUUUUUUUUCCUCCCAUCCAACGGUCGACUUCUUCAGCUUCAAGAAAACUAUCUUGGCGUGAGCGGCGGCAGAAAACAAAACUUUCUGGAAGAGGCAAAACUGUGAAACGUGCGAGAUCAUAAUUUGUGUUGCCAUGGCGCGACGAUGCACGCUCUCUAGCGGUACAGCUGAGUAAUUAAAAGAAUUUUUUUCCCUUCUGUUUUAAGUGGCAAUUGACGCUAAUGAAGGCCGCUGAAGACCACGUGCUUCGAGGGAAAAGCCUUUCUACUGGAGUUGAGUGAAGGAUUGUGGAAAUGCAAUUAAGGAUGCUCGCAUGAAUUCGAAAAUAGAAAGUGGACUUGCUAAAUGAUGCUCUUUAUUGGAUAUGGAUCUUAUAAAACAUUGGAAAUUCUCGAUAAAAGAAAGGGAAAUGGAUGGACCUGAACGGCAUUCCUUACCAUCUCUACAAAAAACUACUCACAGAUUUCUAGACCCCGUUGAAUUGGAAAGAUCGCUCAUCGACCCUUAUGAUUCCCGAAACAUCGAGGAGAAUCUGCAAGGAAAUGUGGAUUCUUCACAAAUUCCAAACCUCUUCGGUAAUCACAGCAAUGCCAAUAAUGCCAACCCUGCCAAUGCUAACAACAACAACACCAACAGCCGAGUCAACAACCACAGUGGGCAAAUGCCACCGUUGCAGGUCCCCAAAAAGAGCAUGCUGCCUCAAAUGGGGCCACCGCAGGACUCAGUGGCUAUGGGCCCCAUGCCCACAAAAAUGUCGCCCCAGCAUCAGAAUCCGAACGACUUAAAUCCUAGUGCCAAUGGCAACACUGGAAGGAAGUACCAAUGCAAGAUGUGCCCGCAGAUAUUUGGGUCCAAGGCAGACCUGCAGCUACACACUCAGAUUCAUAUGCGCAAUGCCAAACCAUACAAGUGCUCCCAAUGUUCCAAGACAUUCGCCAACUCUUCGUACCUGUCUCAACACACUCGCAUUCACCUGGGCAUCAAACCUUAUCGCUGUGAGAUCUGCCACAGGAAGUUCACCCAGCUCUCUCACUUGCAGCAACACAUCAGGACGCACACAGGAGACAAGCCAUACAAGUGCCGCUAUCCGAACUGCAACAAGGCUUUCUCUCAACUCUCCAAUCUUCAAUCCCAUUCACGGUGCCAUCAGACGGACAAACCAUACAAGUGCAACAGCUGCUAUAAGUGCUUCACGGAAGAGGCAGCUCUUCUAGAACACAUACCCAAACACAAAGAAUCCAAGCACCUCAAAACACACAUAUGCCAGUUCUGUGGCAAAUCUUACACACAAGAAACCUACCUCGCCAAGCACAUGCAGAAGCAUGCGGAUCGCAUGGACAAGCAUGGCAGCAUGAUGAAUUCUCUGGUGCUGGGACCUGCCAUGGCCUCAGUGCAGCAGUUUCAGCCAGACGUUCUGUGGCAGAAAGCCAUACACGCUAAAGUGGUCGAAAAUGUGACCAAUCUCGGUGAUGAUCCUGGAGGUCCGAAUUCUUCCGUUGCGGCGAUGGCAGCUGUGGUCGCCUCCUCCCAAAGGCGCUUGGACACGAGCUUACAGUCUCACUUGAUGGACCCUUCCAGAAUGUCUCAGCAAGUCGACAAUGAACAAGAGAACCGUAUGAACAACAACAACCAGAGUUGUGAUCGAGGUGGGGAACAGCAGCACCACAACGACCUCAUGUCGUCUAGUCAAGGACUGUACGACUCUCAGCCGACCAUGACGAUAGCGAACAACAACAAGUCCUCAUCGGCUUUCACCCCAAUUCAGACCGGACUUCUCCCCAUUUCUUCAGGGGCUAACCAGCUCAAUAUUUCUGGAGCAUCAUCUGGUAGGACAUAUUUUCCGUAUGGAGAGUCAAUUAAUUUUAAGAAUUCUCAUUCAUCUGAAGUAAAGUCAAUGCAUGCCUCAUUCCCUAAUCAGCUGAUAUCCUUAAGACAAAUUAGAAGCUAUGCUUCUAUGCCAGGGAUAGGAGCUGGUGAACAUCCCAUUAGUCUAAAAGGAAAAGGACCUAAUUAGUGUAUAUUUUUUACUCUGUUCUCAGAGAUGUUCAGUAUUUUGCUUGAUCUCGUCCCCCCUUCCCUCCCACGUAGUUAUGAACAAUUGUGCUUCGUUCAAGAGAAACUGGCUCAAGUAUUUUCAUCAAUCCAAAAUGAGAACUGCCUCACUUUAUGCUUCGUUUGAAAUUGCGGUCGUAUGCACGGCGUUUUUAUAUCUGUAAAAAAAAAAUAAUAAUAAUAAUAUGAUUCAAAGUGUGCUAGGAAUUAUUUUUUCUACCCAUAGCUCAAGUGUGGUUUGUGGAACAUCUUAAAUUGUUAUUUAAAAAAAAAAGGAUAAACUAAUCAGUGAAGUUCAGCAACGGGCGUAGUAUUAUGAAAUUUGCCCUUUAACCACCAAUCAUUGAGUAGUUUAGUCUUCACAUAUUGAGUAAGUGAAAAAACAAAAAACAAAGAUGAAACGAUUGGUGGAAGAGCAUGUUAAGUGGCAUUUUGAAAAACACAAAAACAUGUUUUGAUCGACUGUAAGUAUGGAAUGUUAAUUUGUUCUACCAUGUAUUUAAAAAGGGUAGCUCUCAAUAAAAUAAAAAAAACAGUCUUUUUUAAAGCAGCUUUCAGAUGUUUAAAAACUUACUAAGACUGAUUUCAUAAAAAUCACUCCACACUUUCUUCCACUAACUAAAGAGAUAGUGGAAGAACAUGUGCGAGACAUUUUAAAAACAUUCUCCUUUCUAAGUUUCUAAAUCUUUUUUCUAAUUUAUCUAUAUUAUAAUCGGCUUUAAGUGUAAAACAGUAAUUUAUUUUCCACUAUAUUUAAACAAGACAGCUUCUAAUUGUAAAUUUUGCUUUAUAAACAGCCCCCCUCAUAUUUUUAUACACACUAAACCUGAUUUUUACGUAAGUCACUUCACACGCUCUUCCAACAAAGAGAUUAGUGGAAGAGCAUGUUAAUAUGUUCUGUUGUAUUUUAUUAACACUCACUUUUCUGAGUUUAAAUACAUGUUACCAUCAGUGUAGAACAUUUAUUUAUGCUGCAAAUUCUUUUAAUUUUAAAAUAUGUUUAUAAACUGCUUCUGAAUAUGUUUAGUUCAUUUCCUCAAAUUGAUUAAAUGUCAUUUAACAUUUCUUUCCACUAGGAUUUUCAAACGUUUCAUCUUAGGACACAAAUUUGUAGGUGUAUAUAGAGCUAUUUAAGGAUUCAUUAUUUUAAAUGCUGCAUUUAUCUUUGAGAAAGUUUACUUAAUUUAUUAUCGUCGAUAUUUUUAUGGAGAAAAAAAAAAUUGAUUAACUCAUCUCAUGUACAUAAUUCAAUCACCUCAUUAAACUAUGAACAUGUUUUUAAACUGUGCAUUUAUGUAUUAGUAAGGUUACUGAAAUUUAGUAUAGAUUUGUUUCUUGUUUAGUAUAAUUAUUCAGUCAGCCUGUAAGGCUAAUAUCUCGUUUUGAAUUGUUGUGUAUUUUAAAUGCGGAUUCAAAUUCGUAAAAUUGUUAUAAAUGUGGUAUUUAUGAUCAAUUGUUUAGUUAUAUAUCUGUUUGUUAAAAAAAAAAUUAUUCUGUGAAUCUUUUUAGUGUUUGUUAAUUGGUAUAUUUUGUUAUUGCACAGCUAAAAUUCCAUGAAAUCUUUUUGUAUCGAUAUUAUAGUAUGCUUAAAAUUUGAAUUUAUUUAAUAUUUUGAUUUGUUCACGCAUAUGAAAGUGAUAUAUAAAAUGCGUGAUUCAAUUUUGACUGAAAAUUUGAUGGAAAAAUUAACCAAUACCCGUAGCUGAGAUAUAUACAAACCUUCAUAUCUAUUGUACUAAAUACCUCUUUAACUUAAUUACCUCCAUAAAAUUAACGAGUAUUUAAUUUAGUACUAGUGUGGAAAUGCUGAUGAAAGUAAAUUAUUUUAGAAAAAAAAGAGGAAAUACUGACCUCUAUAUCUAAUAUACUAAAUACCUCUUAAUAUGUUAAAUACCUCCUUAAAUAUUUUGCGGUGAAUGAAAAUACUAAAAUAAAUAAUAAUGAUAAUUUUUCAAGAAGAAAUACUGACCUUUAUAUCUAGCUUACUAAAUACCUCUCAAUAUGUUAAAUACCCAGAUAAAUAUUUGAAAAUAUUAAGAAAAUAAAUUUAUUUUUCAAGAAAGAGGAAAUACUGACCUCUAUAUCUAAUAUACUAAAUACCUCUUAAUAUGUCAAUUACCUUCAUAAAAUUUGACGAAUAUAUAGUACUUGAAUGAAAACACUGAUCAAAUAAGUUGAUUUUGCAAGAAAGAGAUUUAAACUGACCUCUAUAUCUAACACAAAAAUGCCUUUUACUAAGUCAAAUACCUCCAUAUAAUUUAACGGAUGUUAAGUAUUUUAUGAAAAUAUUGAGUAAGUCGAUUAAUUCUACUAGAAGUGUAACAACUUAUGUAGUCCAAUUAUAUUUAUCUUUUGCUCAAAGUUUAUUUUAUUGUUCUAAAUUGUCUGAUGGUUUCCUGUUUAUACUUGCAUAUACAUAUAUUUUAGCCUUCGAAUUCAAAUUUUGAUCAAGUUUUAUUAAUACAUUUUAUAAAGCAUAGAAUAUAUCGAUGAUGAAUUUAUACUAAAUAAUUAAUCAUCGUAAUUGUAUAAUUGCAAGUUGAAUUAUUGAAUAAUUGUAAUUAACUUUUUCUUUUAAAUUGAUACAUUUUGGCAUAAUAUGGAACAAUUCAAAAUUAACAUUUAAAGAUUGACUGACAAUAAUCAUACGGUCAAAAAUAAAAGGUGUCACAAUUGGAAUUUUAAUGGUACUGAUACUGUCAGUAUAAAACAAAUACCUGUACCAUAUGAAAAAUAGAUGUUUAUAGUAAUUACUGACACAGUUAUCUACUUAUCUUCUACAGUAAAUUAUACUUCUCUUCUCUCUGAUUCAAUUAACGUAUAAUUCCGUGUAAUGGCUGACUAAUUAUGCAACUUUUUCUUAAUCAAUAAUACGGUGAUUAGUUUAUAUCCGGAUUCCCUUAUUAACGAGAAAGUCUCAAAAAUGAAUAUCGAAUAAUAAUGAUUCAAUACAGAAAAUAAAUUUCCAACUGAUUCGUAAUUUCUCUAUACACUAUAGGACUCUGGUAUUACAGAUUGAUAAGCAGUUAAGUUAUUAAUGAAAAAACAACCACUCUAUUGAUUGUUUUUUAUCUUUCACUUUACAAACACCGGAAUUAAUAUCUUUAUGUUUGUCCAUUUUUGAAGAGAAAACACAGUUGUGAAUUGAACAAACAGCAAAUCCAUAAGUAAAAACUACACUAUUAGACAUUUUUUCUAAAUUUCACUUAAUGAAAUGUAUAAAAACUUUAAUUGAUACCGUCAAUAUUUUUUUUAUAUUUAAUUUGAUUAGACUACAUUCGUAAAAGUAUGUACUUUUGUUAACAUUGAUGUUCAACGUCAAUAUUUGAAUUUAUGGCAAUCUCGUUUAAAUCUUCUUGGUUAAUUGCAACCUCAGAUGAGAUCCAAUUUAACGUCAUGCAAUAUACGCUUUUACCUGUUUCUUUGGUUAAUCAUACUAAAUGUGCAUAAAAAUUAUUAUGAUUUCAGCAUUUUGACAUCAUCUACUAUUUUAAGCUCAUGUAAAUCCAAAUUGUGCAAGUUAUGAAGAGUCGAUACGUUUGUAUCGGUCAUUGAAAUUUAGAGAAUUGACACAAAAAAAAAAUUACAUAUUGAAACAUUUUUCAGAAACAAUUAAUGCCAAAAAGUAUAAAAAAUUUUUCACCGAACAAAAAACGUAAAAAUAUCGACGUUUAUACAACCAUUAAAAAAAUGUUUCAUUAGCGUUUCGUUACACCAUUAAAUAUACAGUGUUAAAGACCUUCCAAAAACAAAAAUUUUAACGACACAUCUAUGCAACGUUUCUGGAAUGUUUCCAAUAUUGAAUAUUUAAUUUUAUAAACCAAGCAUUCUUUUUUUUUUGUGAUGCGUAGCACUACAUUGACUGAAAACUUCAUACUUAUUAACAAUCUAUUGCUUGGAGGAGUUAAAGGACAACUGUAUGAAGUUGCCAAAAUGAAGUAAUUCAAAAUUAAACCGAUUCUAAAUUGUACUCCUCAGACGUGUCCAUGCAUGCAAUCAGUUAAAAACGCAAAUAGCGGGUAUGAAAUCCGUCUACUUAAGUAUCAGUAUGAUGCAGAUAAUACAUGACCUCAGCUAACUGUACCUCAAGCUAACUCUGUUCGAUUUAGAACAUUUCAGGGUAUUUCUUCAGGAUUUCUUUUUAAUGCGGGUUUUGUUGCUUGUAAGGGUAGAGUGCCUUGGUAGCAGCUCUAUGUUGGCCAUAGAUUCAUAGAGUAAUUCUUAAUUUAAAAAAAAAAAAGAAAAAUAUUUCUGUGCAAUUUGUAAUAGAUAAUUUUCUGGUAUACAUCGUUAGUGUGGUGAUCAGAUCUUCUAAACUGCAAGUCGAAAAGAAGUAAUAUUUGUUCUGGAUAAAUGGUAAUCGGUUCAAAAAUAAAAAUUAUUUAAAUAUAAAUUUAUAUAAAAUAAUUUCAACUUUUUACUAGAUCAUACUAAAAAUCUGCCUAGAGAAAUCCUUAAAACUUAACUGCAAUAUUUAAAAAUAGUGUACGUUUUAUUUGGCUUCAUACUUAUUAUUGGCUACAUUGGUGAAUUUGCCUGCGCCAAGUUUGGCAAGAUAUACGCUGUAUCUUCGGUAAAGAAAUGUGAACCCAUAUUAUCAGAGAACAGAUACUAAAACGUAUGUAUUCUAAAUUGGCGCAAGUGUUUAUCGACUUAUUGAUGCAUUUUAUGCCAAUAUUUUUCUAAAAUCUUAAUGUAUAAUGAGAUAAAUAAUACGUGAUAAAAAUUUAUUACUCAUUUUUAUGGUAUUUCUUGAAUUUAAUUUUGGAUCUUUAACAAUUUUAAUUGUCCAAAAUAAAAUUUCCCGAUGGAUUUGCUGGGCUGCGGUGAUUAAUUUUAAAAAUACUGGAUUAAAGGUAUGAGAUAUGAUCAUGCUUUAAUGAAAACUAAUCGUCCAAGUUUUCUUAGUCGUUUAAGUUAACUAAUAAAAUUUUCGUUAAAGUAUUCAGUUUUCGAAAUAUCAAUAAUAACUGUGUCGGAUGCAGUUCAGUCGAAGUGCAGUACAGUACUGUAUCGAAUUGCAGUUCAGGACACCUGGUCACCUUCAUCAUUAGGGACGAGAUCUGGAAAAAAAACCCGGAUGAGAUCCAUAGUACAACAAAUUUUACUAUCUCAUUUGCGCUUAUUGCAUAAACCUCUGAAAGACUGAAGCACUAAGUUAUUAUAUGCAUUAUAGACACAUAUGUUGUGAAGUUCCCAUUUUUAAGAAAAUGAAAGAAAAUAAAAAUAAAAACUUGUGUGUUGAAGUUCAUCAUAGUACAAAUACAGUUUCUAGGACGCACAAGUUUUGGAAGAAAAAACAUACAGGACAAGAAUAUAAAUAUAUAUACUAUAAAUGGACAUCAUGUCCACUUCACAUGAUAUAUCUCACAAAUCUUUUCGAAAUUUCCAUGCCUUUGUUCUUUAUGUAUUUUAAGUAAUAAAAGGUUUUAUAUAUC